AUGGACACUCAGUCCUUGAAGGGCCUCUCUCAAGUCCUAAUGGGUUAUCUCAGUAAUGAUCAGCAGCAGAGUACAAGGAAAGAGACAAUUUCUUCUGAAACAACCCAAUAGGAAAGUCAGACAUCUCCACUAAAGCAAAUUGGAUGGCCAGUGUUCUAUUGUCCCAUCUCACAAAUCCACAGUGCUUGAGAAAUUUCAGGGAGCCAUGAAGAAUGUAGAAAGGAAAGUUUCUGGUGCAGAGCUCUUCCUUUGUCUCUUGGCAGCAUGCCUGUCACCCAGGGGUUAGUCUCGAAGGGUAAAUGUAAAAAAUUCAUGAAGGUCCUAAGUUAUGAAAUUGAGGCUCCGCAAUUUCUACUGAAAUUUAUCGGAUUUCAAUACUGUAGGCAUUGCCAUCAUACUUGCAAAGAAUGUGAAGUAAAAUUGGGAUCUAAUGAGAAAGAGGGUUCAAAUCCUUCAGCUUCUUAGUCUCAGAUAGGCAAUCUCAAAAUUUAAAAUGAAUCCUCAUUUUAUUUACCCUGUUGAUGGCAUUUUUGUUUGGAACCUUUGAACAAUAUAGUGAAAAUGAUGCAUCUGAGCAUUA